AUGUUUGCUGCUGCAACCAAGAACUUUGUCAAACAGGUUGGUGAUGGAGGAAGACUAGUUCCAGUGCCCAGCCUCAGUGAAGCUGAUAAAUACCAACCUCUGAGCCUUGUGAUUAAGAAAAGAAAAUGUUCGCUUUCAAAAAAAUGUAAGUUUGCUUCAACACCUUUCACAUUAAAAGACAUUCUUCAAGGGGAGAAAGAAAUUUCUGCAGGUAUCUCGUCUUACCAGUUGCUCAACUAUGAAGACAAAUCAGAUGUUUCACUUAAUGGUAGAAAAGGAAAUCAGAUAAUGGAUGAUGUUGGUUUUGAUGUUGCUGGAUCAGAUUCUGUUGCCUUUAAAGCUUCAUUUGGCAUAGUGACCAAACAUGAGGUUGAAGUACCAACAUUACUUAAAGAACUUACUACAAGAAAAAUUAACUUUGAUCAUUGCCUAGUCCAUCAAUCAAGGCAAAGUAGAAUGGAGAUUUUGUGUGUGGUCAUGGAAAGUAUUCGAACUACAAGGCAGUGCUCAUUAACUGUCCAUACUGGAAUGCGUGGAGAGACAAUGAGGUUUCAAAUUAUUGAAGAUCAGAAUUCUAAAGGGCGGGACAAAGCCAUUGUUUUUCCUGCGCAUACAACAAUUGCUUUUAGCGUGUUUGAACUCUACAUUCAUUUGGAUGGUAAUUUUGAACUCUGUGUGACUCCAAUUUCAAAAGGAGGAUUUGAAAAAGAGAAAUCUGGAUCAUCUUCACUGACCAAAUUAAGGAGGUUAAAGAAUAACCUGUUUCAUCGAAAUAAACGAAUAGUGGAAAUCAUUCCUGACACUGAUGCUUACCUGGAGGACCUUUUUGCAGAUUAUUAUGAAAAAGCUGCGAGCAUGACUGAUCUCUCUACAAGCUAUCUCAGAGAAGGUUCUCAUAUCCGAAUUAAUUUACUUAAUAACAACAUUCCCAAAGGUCCCUGUGUCCUUUGUGGAAUGGGAAGUUCUAAAAGGGAGACAGUCUAUGGAUGCCUAGAGUGUUCUUUCAAUGGACAAAAGUAUGUACGACUGCAUGCUGUGCCCUGUUUUGACCUCUGGCAUAAGAGAGUAAAGUAA